AUGUAUUAAACUUAUGAUGGAGUCAGGGAUGAAUUUGUUUUUUCUUUUGUGAAUUUCAAUUAAAUAGGAUUGUAGAAGGGAAUACUAAUGCUGAAAUUAGUAAUACUGACACUGCUGAUAAGCAAUGGAAAUCGACAAAAGAGGUAUAUGAGAGUUUUUUUGAUAACCCCUACAUCUAAAAUAAUAGUAGUAUAUUAUGAAACUACCCCUUAUCAGUAUGGAAUUAAUGCUUGUGGAUCUUCAAACAUUUUUUAUAUUGAUAAUUUUGGCACACAAUACAAUGUUUUAGUUCAAAAAUCGUUUGGUUUAGGUCCUCAUGAAAAAGUUUCGAUUGAGUUUAAACAUUGGAAAAUUGAUAACUGGAAUAGCAAUACUUUUCUAAUUUAUGUAGAUAAUGAAAUCAUUUAUAAUCAAAUUUUAUCUUGUUCUUCAAGUGCAACAGAUAUUUGCGGUACUUCAUAAAAUGACGAAGUUACUUUCAUAUCAAAGACUAUUGUGCAUGAUCGCCCUUCUAUAUAAAUAGUAAUGUUAGCCGAAAAUGGAAGAUGGGGAAUUUCAGAAUUUAUUUUAAAGAUAGAAGAAGUCAAUACUAAUACCAAGAUUCAAUUUUUUGAUUUUAAUGGUUUGUUGGAUUAGUGGCUGUUUAAGGAAUCAUUCACUUCAAUUUACUUGGGGUCGUUAGAUAUUUCAGAUUAAUGGAAAUAUUCAGGAACAGCUUCAACUGUCUUAGAUUUUUGCCAUGACCUCUACUACCAUCAAUCUUAGGGAUCAUCAUUUGAAAAAUCAAUUUCCUUACCAAACCAUGUUGCUAUUAGUUUGAAAUUAAAAAUUAUGAUUUUCAAUUCUGGUUCGACCACCAUUACUCUUAAAAUAGAUGACAUUAUUGUACAAAACUGGUCAUAUACAUAGUAAUGGGUAGGUUAUGAUAACCCUGCUACAGUUUAUGAUGGAUUCUGGUAUCAUUACACACAAAAAAAUGCUAAUAUUAUCAAGUAUGCUCAUACCAAUCCUUCAAUUAAAAUCACAAUAUUGACUACAACGAGUUCAGUUUAUACCCCUUGGGCUCCAUGGUUUGGAAUUCGAGAUUUUCAACUUUUUGUUAGAUAACCUUCUUUCCAUAUUUGUGAUGAUCAAAACAUAUACCCUUUUGAUGGAUGCUUUUCUUUCAAUUAUGAUUGUGUUGAAGGUUGUAUAAAUUGUAUAAAUGGAGUUUGUAUUAAUUGUUAAAACGGAUGGCAUUAUGAUAAUGGGAACUGCUCUCCAAUUUGUGGAGAUCGUAUUUUGAUAUCGUAAGAGGAAUGUGAUGAUGGAAACUAGAUUCCUUAUGAUGGAUGUAAUAAUUGCAAAUUUUCAUGUCCAUUAGAUUGUGAUAUAUGCUAAUUUGGAUUAUGCCUUCAAUAAGGCCAAUCAAAAUAAUAAGAAUUAUAAAAUGUGUUUCAAAACUGCAAACCAAAUCUUAUUUUAUAAAAUGACGAAUGUGUAAUGGCUUGUUAUGAUUCAGAAGUAGGCAGAAUUAUUGAAAAUUUUGGUUGUUAUUUAUAAAGAACUACUUUAGCCUAAGAAUUAAUAUAUUAAAAGGUUUUUAUUGAAUAAUUAGUUGCAUAAUAAAUUUAUGAAACUUUUAUCGAAAAUAUAAUUUAUUUAAUAAAUUAAAUAAAUUUUAAUUAGAUUGAUCAAUGUAAUUAAAUUGAUUAAGAAAUUUGUUUAUAAUGCGAAAAUGGAUAUGCAUUGGGCAUAAAUCAUAAAUAAUGUGUCCCAAACUGUGGUGAUGGAAUUGUUUAAAAUUUAGAAAUUUGUGACGAUUCGAACAAUAUACAAUAAGAUGGAUGUUAUAAAUGUUAAUAAAGUUGUUAAUUAGAAUGUUUUAAUUGUGUAAAUGGAAUAUGCUUAAUUUGUCUUGAUGGAUGGUUAUUAAUCAAUAACAGUUGUUAACAAAUAUGCGGUGAUGGUUUAAUAGCAAUUUAGUCAAGUGAAUAAUGCGAUGACGGUAAUUAAAUUGAUGGAGAUGGUUGUUUUUUAUGUUUAUUUGAAUGCAGUCCAUAUUGUCUUUAUUGUAUCGAUCAAAAUGAGUGUCUAUAUUGUUAGGAUCACUUUGAACUCAUACAAAAAGGAUGUAGACCUAUAUGUGGAGAUUUAUAUAUAGUUGAAGGGUUGGAGGAGUGUGAUGAUGGAAAUCAAAUUUCUAAUGAUGGAUGCUAUGAUUGCUAAUUUCAGUGUGAAAUUAAUUGUUAAAAAUGUAUAAAAGGAAAAUGCUUUGAGUACAUAAAACCAUAAGAACCGAUAAUAAAUGAUACUACAAUAAUAAUAGAAUAAUUAGAUUAAAUUUGUAGUUAGGGAUGUUUAAUUUGUUUAGAAGGGAAAUGUUAAUCUUGUGAUAAAUUCUCAACACUUAAGGAUGAGUAAUGUAUUCAAUAUGGUAAUGGAAUAAUAUAAAAAGGUGAAUUUUGUGAUGAUGGAAACUCUUUAAAUAAUGAUGGAUGUUCAGAAAACUACAAUAUUGAAUAAGGUUGGGAUUGCCAUAUUCCAAACGAUCAAUUUAGUCAAUGUUAUAAAAUAACGUAGUUAUCUCUAAAUUUCCUCAAUCAAUCAUAUAAUACUGAAUAUCUAAGUUUAACAUAUUCAAAAAAAGUUAAGUUGAAUCAAUCUAAUCAAAUUUUCAUUGAUUAAGCUUCUAUAUUUAUCUAAGAUUUGAAUUCAGAUUAAUAUAAUCUAAGUAUUGAACCUGUAACUGAAAUCAUUUUUGACUUAGUAAGAGAUAUUAACUAUAUUAUUAAAAUCACUUUUCUUGAAAAGUUAGAAAAUACACCUACGCUGACAGUCUCUAUAAGUACUGUAUUAUUGGAUGAGAACGAUAUCCUAGUUCCUUCAAGUUCUUCUGAUAUUGCACUCAGAAUACCUUAAGUUAUGGGUGUAGUAUAAAUGCUAAAUACAGAAAAACUUACUCUUUUUGGUUAGAGCAUCAUGAUGGGACUAACUGGAUUUGGAGUAUUUUUAUUAAUAUUUGGAUAAUUAGCAUAAUUCUUAGAAAUUCUUGAUAUUUUAUAAUAUCAAUCUUACCUUAAGUUCAUAAAUGUGGAAUUUCCUUAAAAUCUGUAUAUUUAUUUUUAAUCAUCAGAUUUUGUACAAUUAUAAAAUAUUAUGAUAAAUUUUAGAAUAGUAGAAACAUUAAAUUUAUUUAUUUAUGAAGAAAAGGUUCAAAGUCACGGCAAAUUUUAUCAAUAUUAACUCAAUGCCGAUUUAUUGAGCAAUAUUUAUGGAUAGGUAGCCUAAAUUUUAGCGAUUUUCUUUGGCUAUUGGUUAGUGAUGUUUUAUAUUUCUUUAACAAACAAUAAUUGUUUUACAGCUAGAUCCUUUUAUAAUCUUGGAAUUAUAAAUUGCAAAAUAGUAGAUUAAAUGGCAAUUAAAUUUUAUUAUUUAUACAGAAGCAUUCAUAAAUUAGUUCGGAUAAAAUUAAGUUAACAAUUCAUUUUUUUUUUUCAAAGCAAUAGUUUUGACCUAAUUUUCAAAAUUCUUCUUUUUUUAGACUCAAAUGUAUAAUUUAACAUGAGAUCAGAAAUAUCAUUUGGAAUUUGUUUAAUGUUUUUUAUGAUAGUGAUAAACUGUAUAUUUAAAUUAUUUUAAAGGGAAACAAAAUUAAUAAGAAUUAAAAAUAUUAAGGAAUAAUAGCUUGAGUCGAUUAUAUUAUUAAAAAAGUUUGUAUUUCUAUUAAUAUUAAUCAAGGUUCAAGUCUAACCACUGCUUUAGUGUUUAUUAUUAUCCUUUUCCUAAUUACUAUUUAUUGAAAUUAUAUGGUUUUUUUAAUUAGCUAAUUCAAAAUUUGAAUUUAUAAUUAUCUUUUUGAAUGAAUUUCCAAUAAUGCUGUUUACUUUCAUGAUUGCAGCAUUUUCCUUGGACUUUUCAUAGUAUUUAAAUCAAAAUACAAAACUAUCAAUAGGCUUUUUUUUAAUUGGAAUUUUACUUAUUAGUAUAUUUGGACCAAUUCUAAAACAACUAAGGCAUGUUUAUAAUAAAAUUGAAAACUAUUUAAGGGAAAGAAAAGAGGAGAUGAAAAAAAUAAAUAUUUAGUCUCUCUUUUAUACUUUCAAAAUAAAUUGA